AUCAAAGAAACUUCGAAAUUAAUAAAGAAAUAAAUAUUGAAAUUAUAAUUUGUAUGCUUGUUUUUGACUGUUGCAUGAGUACAAGGCAUAUGUACAUAUGUGUUUAUGUGCAAGCCAUCUAGGGAAGCAGAUCUAAAAAACAAAAUAUUGAAUAAGCAGUGUUAACAAAUAGUAAGACAUAUUAUUCCCUAUACUCGCAUAACACAAUAAACGUCAUAGGGACUAUGCAUAGAAUACUAAUUAGUAAAAAAAAUGUCUACACUCUACGCAGCCGGUCGAUGUGUGCUGCAAAUCAUGUGAACAAGUGGGACUGCACGAAUAAUGUAUUGACUGCGUAAUGCAUUUUGCAACAAUAUUUUGAACAUUUUGCAAUAAGAUAAAUAACAGCAUUAAAUUCAGAGGUUUCACGUAAUCAAUUGAUUUUUAUAAUGUUCAGUUUAAAUCGGUACACUGCAAGUAGCAGUUUAAUUCGGAAGAAAAAUGCAGAAAAUCCAACAAAUUGGUGUGAUAGCAUUUAUGGCGUGUUUGCUAUUUAUGCAACAACAAAGUGAAGCAUUGCUGCAUGACAUUCUCGAUAUAGUCGAUUUACAAAAUCUGGACUUGACCAAUUAUGAUUACUUUCGGAAUUUACCGUCGCAGAAUCCAAAAACAGCUGGACAGGCGAAUCUCUUUCUAGAACACUUCCAGAAGAAGAAAGCAGUCCUGGAUUAUAUCGAGCACUUAUUUCUGGGGACAUCGCCAUUCACACAGAAAAGUGAGAUACCGUUUAAUCCACAUUUCGGUCGUGCAUGGCGCCCAUAUUUCCAACGUCGCUAUGGCAAGCGUGGUGUGAAUUUGGUAGAUAUGUUAGGUCGGGGAUACACAUUGCAACAACUGAGACAACAAGGUGCAAUCCCAAACGAUUUUGGCACACCAUAUUACCCCACGCGCUAAACUAACACUAAAUAGUACAAAACUAUUACCUACUCUAAUUUACUUAUUCAUUUUAAACUAAGCAUUAUUAAAGUACAAAAUUUGUUUAUUCCGAA